AUGACACAAGCUCUUUCACUCGAGGAUCUACUCGCAGAUUUCGAAGUUGAGAACUUUGAAAGGGAGCCACUAUCAUCUGUCCCUCCAACGUUACGCGGCUAUAAUAUGAUCUGGAAACUUUGGGAGAACUACCUUGCACGACUUAAUAAUGCUAAUAUGAAACCAACUCUAAGAGUUCUUAAAGGGUUUUUUACUAUGCUUGCAAAGGAACGGACAGGCUUGUUAGGCAAACGUCUUUCUGUAAAGACACUGAUUCAAUAUGCAAUUCGCUUCAAAUCAGUGUAUGAGCGAAAGCACAAUGAAGAACUUGAAUCAAUGCCGGAGCUCCGCACUUUCAUAAAGACUAGUCUGGCGAAAAGCCUGGGUUUGAGUACUAAAACCCGUCCGAAGCCUAUCGCUAGUCUCAACGAUUUGCAAGAUAUACUCGGCUAUCUUUGGAUGAACGAUCCUCUCAACUUUCUAUAUGAGCGAGCCAGAGUUCAGAUUGCUUUAUUGAUCUUAAUACUUGUAUACACGGCAUCACGCCCGGGUGCCCUUAUCGAGUCACAUGCUUAUUAUAUGACUGGUCAAUCUAUGCGGUAUAAGGAUAUAAAAUUCUCUUUGCAGCAAAGUCUGGACGGCGGUCGCCCGUUGAUGAGUAUUUUGUUCACAUUUAACCUCAGAAAAAAUGAGCGGGAUGAUGAAGGAGAGGUUUAUAAGCAACAGUUGUUUGAGGAUCUAACAUCUAGGGAUAUAUGUCCAAUCACACUUUUUCUUGCUCUAGCUUUUGCCGAUGAUGCUUUUGAAACAGUAAAGAGCAUUGAGGAGCUAUAUGAUCCCAGCAUAUGUUCUGCAAAGUACAUCGAUAUACAAUUUAAGGAAAGUGCUUUGAACAAACCUCUAUUUCGGAGUAAUCGAUCGAUGGAGGCAUCUCAGGAUGCUGAGUCGUUGACUUAUCAAGCGUUCAAUCACUCACUAAGGAAAAUCGCACAACGUGCAGGCUUCAAGGAUAUCUUUACAUCUUAUGUGAUAAGACGUACUUCAGCCAAUGUUCUGAAUCAGCAUGUUACUUCAGCGGAAAGGGGUAAAAUACUCGGACAUUCGAAUGAUAAAGUUUUCCAAAACAGCUAUCUUGCGUCUCAUUCCGGUAUCGAUUUACAAAGUCUAACCGUUGGACAAGAACAACGUACACAGCAGAUCAACUUUGCUCGUAGUCUAAACUCAAAUCGUGGUACACCACUGGGUCUAAUAAGCAAGGAAUUCGUUGAGGUUGUUGCCAAGGACCUUGAGAUAACUGCUGCGAAAAAGCGGAUUGAAGAUGUACAACUAGAGGGCCGUGAUUUGAAGAUAAAAAGUGAAGUCAAGAGAUUAUGCAACAUAAGAAGGGAAGUGGUCUAA